GCUCUCAGGCUAGGAAAAAACAAGCAGUAUAUCAAUUAUUAUUCAGAAUGAUUCGUCGGCUUUCAAUCCACUUGGUGCACUCUGUCGAGCAUAUAAUAAUUGGAGGUUUCAGUUGCAUUGAUCCAAUUUCCUAGGAUUUCUUGGCAGGAUGGCCCUUGAUGGUGCCAGAUCUCUGCUUUGGAAUCAACAUCUUUUAUAAAAGGGCAUGAGAUGGCGCCGCCCCCUGCAGAACAAUGCGGAACGUUAACGAGGUGUGUCCUUUAAUCAAACAGGAAACAAUCAGAAGAUAAAGCCGUAGACAGGAAAACUCGUGGUUUUUGUCUGAAACGGUUUCUGAAACGAAAUGUUUAUUGAUAAGAAGCCGCCAGACAUGUUUGGGUUAAACGAUCACGCGGUCUCUUCAACAGUGACGUAAAAAUCGCCAAUAUAUCUCAUCUCGGUUUUUUUUUUCUUGUUUGAUUUCCUCUUUGAGGUUUUUAGUGAAGUGAACUGUUGUGAAAGAAACCAUCAAGCCGUGCAGAUGCUUGAAUGGCCGCUUAUGGGACUUUCCGUUUUGGUGACCCGUUCGCGACAAGAUGAGAACCAUGUCAAGUGCGUAAAACCGGAAGUCGGAAGAAUUUGACCUGUAUUGGUCACGCGUUCGUCAGUAACGCAAGUUUGUAUUUUUCCUUGAGAUUGUGUUCAAACACUCAACGAUGUAAAUGCUAUUUUCAAUGAGAACUGGUCGGUUUUGGUGGCGAAAAGUAUGAAAGUAAGCAAACAUUUUUAGCGUAGCUUCAGAAUAUUCUAGAGAUGAGGAAUGCAAGACCAUACCAGAUUAGAAAACGGCAAAAGUUUUUGGCGGGAAAAAUUGACCACCUGCGUCGGCUGCCAAAGGGCUGUAAACAGCUACAAUAUCAACCAAGUUUUCUUUAUCAGUUGUGGAAGAAUGAAUACUUGCCAUCAAACAUCGACUUCAACAUCGUCAGACGCUUGCUUUACGCCGACCGAGGACUCAAACGCGUUGGCGAGAAAGAUGGGCUGGAGUUCCUCAACCGUAGAUGUCGAUCGCAGUUCAAAAAGACUCAGCUCGGUGGAAAACUCAGGACCGUAUUUUAAACGUCGUAAGACGCCUUCUUCGUGUCCUACAACGAACAAUGAACAUGUUAUUACAAGAGGAAAGCGGUCUUUAGCUACGGAAUCUGAAAGAGACGAAACAGAGGGUAUGAACGCAAAUGAUGUUGUGAACCAGAGUGGAAAUGUAGCUGACAUACGAGAUGAUAGUCCUUCGGCUUUAGAAAUAAAGCGCGUGUUGUCAGUGGUUUGGAGUAAAGGAAACUUGGGUUCCUCUUACUAUGAUACAGAAACUUCACAACUGUAUCUCCAAAUGGAUGUUGUAGAGACAAAUGAUUUCCAGUUUCUUAAAAGAGUCAAAGAACAGGUUCAGGCCAAAGUCAUUAUAACAAGUGCAACACAGGAUGAAAGAUUGCUUAAGAUCUUAAAUGGGCAAGAGGGUGAAAACAAUGAUGAACAAAUUUGUGAGACAAAAGAAGUUGAAAUUCUUCCAAGCAUAGAUUUUUCUUAUGAAGUUUGCAAGAGAAGGAUAACUGCUUUGAAUGCAUGCCUGCCAGGAAUUCCACAGCACUUUACAGAAAAUGAGCGAGAUAUACAUAUGAGCUCACUUGUCCCAUUUGACAAUGUCAGCAUGGUGCGAAGUGCUGGUGCAUUGAUUAAAUACAUUGACAAGAAACGAAUUGGUGUUGAAAUGGAAGAUCCUGAAGUGAGAGUCCCCAUUUUGGGCCUCAAAGUAUUUUCUCUGAGUGAUCUUCUCAUUGUGGAUAACAAUACUUACAGUGCUUUACAGAUUUUUCAAAAGGAAAGUCACCCCUCUGUGUACAAGAUGGGAGCAGGGAACAGUGGUGCCAAGGAAGGACUAUCUCUCUUUGGCAUUACAAAUAGAACAAAAUCAGCAAUUGGGAGUCAUAUGUUGAGAAUGUGGUUUUUACGUCCCUCAAGAAACAUCAAUCUUCUGCAACAAAGACAAAAGUCAGUAUCCUACUUUAUGAAUCUUAGAAAUGCAGAACUGGUGGCAUCUCUACAAGAUUGCUUGAAACACAUCAAGAACGUCUCUGGAAUACUAUCAAGGAUGACUACAGCACAAGCAUCUGUUGGUGAUUGGCAAGCUCUCUAUAAGACGGCCUAUAAUGCAACUUACAUUGCCGACCUUUGCAGAAGGAUUCCCGUAGAUAUUGCAAUUGCCAAAAAGAUUGCUACAAGUUUUACGGACGAAUUGCUUCAAAUUGGGAGCCUGAUGAGUAAAAUUAUUGACUUCGAUGAGUCGACAGAGCAGAAUCGAUUUGUUGUUAAACCUGGAGUCGAUCCGGCUUUGGACGAAAAGAAAAGAACAUACAACGGCCUUCCCGACUUUAUGACAACUGUUGCAAGAGAAGAACUGAAUAAACUGAGCUCUUCCAUUACUGAAUGUAACGUCAUUUACCUACCACAGCUAGGCUAUUUGUUAGCAAUUCCACGGUCACCUGAGCUGAAAGAAGAGAGUGAUUUUGGCAUAGAUGGUCUAGAGUUUGUGUUCCUAAGCAACAACAGGCUCCACUACAAGAGUGCUCGUACGAGAGAGCUAGAUAACCUUCUAGGAGAUACACAGUGUGAGAUAACAGACCAUGAGACCGCCAUCAUGCAUCGCUUACAGACUGUUAUCUUGGAACACACCAAAGUGCUUAUGGAUGUCAUGGAAUGCUGUGCAGAGCUGGACUGUUUAAUUUCUUUGGCUGUAUGUGCCAGGGAGAACAACUAUGUCUGUCCCAAGUUGACAAUGGAUUCAGUGUUGAACAUAGAACAGGGCAGGCAUCCCUUACAGGAACUUUGUGUCAAUCUGUUCGUUCCAAAUGACACUGUGUUUGAAAAAGAUAAAGGACGGAUGAAGGUGUUAACGGGACCGAAUGCCAGUGGUAAAAGUGUCUACCUUAAGCAGGUCGGUUUAAUCGUAUUCCUUACGCAUAUUGGAAGUUUUGUUCCGGCUGAGUCAGCCACUGUAGGUAUCACUGACAGAAUUUUUACACGAAUACACACAAGAGAAACCGUGUCAGUUGGCUUAUCUACUUUUAUGAUCGAUUUAAAUCAGGUGGCGACUGCAGUAAAUGCGGCCACGGAUAAUUCGUUGGUCAUCGUUGAUGAAUUUGGAAAAGGAACUGCUACGAUCGACGGUUUGUCUCUACUGACUGCCACCCUUCGACACUGGCUGAGACAGGGGUCCAGUUGCCCAAAACUGCUUGUCUCGACGCACUUUCACAGCCUUGUGAAACAAAAGCUCCUGCCACAGACACCUCUGGUCACUUAUCAGACGAUGCAAGUGAUGGAAGAAGACGAGGACAUUGCGUUUCUUUAUCACCUUAUUGAUGGUUAUGCCGAGAGUAGUCUCGCAUGCCACAUCGCCUCCUUGGCUGGCUUGCCCCAUGAAUUACUCAAAAGAGCGCAACAGGUGACACAACUUACAAGAUGCAAUAAACCAAUCCUUAAGAAGGACACUGCAGAUGACGAAGAACAGCGAAAGAGACACAAAGCCAUCGUCACGAAAUUCUUGGCACUGAAUUUGGAUAACGAAGACCCUCAAACUUUUCUAAGUGAUCUUUUGGAAAAUUUCGAUGAUCGAUGAUUCUUUUUUUUAAUGAAAAG